AUGGAAUAUCUUGCUGGUAGUCAUGGCAUAUGUGGUGACCUACUGAAUCAUUUUUUACUGGUCAAAGACAACAUAGGAAGACAGUGGAAUGACUUAGGCAGGGAGCUAAAAGUACCAGAAGCAGAAAUUGAAGACAUACAUGAUCACCAAAAUAAUUAUUCAAGUUGCUGCUAUGCUAUGCUCAUCAAAUGGGCAAGAGCAAAUGGACAAGAUGCAACGAAACUAAAGCUUGAACAAGCAUUGAUACAAAUACAAAGAAAAGACAUUGUUGACAAUGUACUAAGAGCAGGAACUUGCACUACUGAAGUUACCUCAUCAACAUCAACUAUUGCAAAUAACCAACCUCAUGCUGCUGCUCAAGCUUCGCAAGGCCUAGCUGAUCACAUUUCCGAAUCAUAUAAACAAAACACAACAGAAAUCAAUCAUCAUGAUACUGUCCACGAAAGUGCAACUGUCUUUCCAAUGCAAUAUUCAGCUGUCCCUCAUGAUUCCACCCACUUGCAAAGUUCCAAUUCACAUCUUUCACAAAGUUCAAUGCAAUCCACUUGUACUCAAUCUAACCAUAAUGACACCAACCAUGGUCGUGCACUAUCUCAGCAGACCACCAAUAGAAGAGUCUCUAGUUACAUUGAGCAAAGAAGUCACGAUUCCAUGGUUGCUCUGUUUCAUAGAGCAGCCAAAUAUCAAAGUAUUCGUCAUCUAGCUUUUGUAGCAGUUGGUAGAACAGGCGUAGGCAAAACAACUUCAAUGAAUGAAAUUCUUGGUACCAUAACAAGCCAAGGCAGUCGUGUACACCGUGGAACAGUUGGACGUAUAAAGUCAGAAACAAGAUUUGCUUCAACUUGGACCAGGAGUUAUUCAUGUGAAGAUUCGAUUACAUACAAGCUGAGCUUCAUUGACACACCUGGCCUGGGUGACAACUCUCAUGAUCAUCUUACUGAUCAAAAGGUAUGCGACCGAAUCUGCUGGGCAACAGAUCCUAUCAAGAAAGACGAAAAUGCACAAGUCAUGAUGGUCUACUUCUCCCCAGCACCAAACUUCAUGGAUGACAAAGAAAUUGAAUCUAUCAGGAAACUGGAAGAAGCUACUGGCAUUGAUUUGUUUUGUGUGGUGCUGACCAAGGCAAGGACAGCAAUACCAGAUGCCAGCCUUCAAUGGGAUGAAUGUAAACAAGACAUAAUAGAGUCUCUUGAUGUCAUCACUGAAGAGUUUCUAAUUGAUUAUGUCAAUAAAAAAAGUCAAGACAAGCCACGUGCAAAUCGUCAACAGCUGCAUACUAAAGGAAUAAAGAAAAUCAAAGCUGAUGCUGAUGGUCUUCCCACAAAAGAAAGCAUUAGGAAUGAAUUUCUUCAAAUUUUAUCGAGACUACGGCUUCAGAAAAACAAACCACAAUGGUUUAAAGACAAGCUAUGUGAAGGGAACGAGCGGAUGCAUGUGCCUGUCAUAAUGCUCGAAAACCAUAAGUUACUGCAAACUGAAACGUUAGCAAUCAGAUUAUGA